GGGACAGGGCGCAUAGAGGAGGACGGUCUGAGGGAGGAGUGUCACGCCUGGGCCAGUCCCCGCUUUCGUCACCGCCGUCAUCAUGAGCUUCGUCACCCCCCUCUCCACGACUUAGAGUCGCGGCGGGCACUUCCGGGAGCCCUCGGGUGUCCGUUCGGUCUGUCAGCGCGCACUCACCCCGAGCGCGUCAUGACAGGGAAAGAAGCACAUUUCAAACUUUUGGGGAAGAAGUGUGUUCCAUAGAUCAUUCGAUGUGCCCUGUCCCCAGCUCUGUUCACCGAGAGCCCAUCUGCUGUGAGUGUCAGGCCAAAUUUGGGGGCCGCCUGCCGGUGCGCAGGGCUGAGGCAGUGCUGCCUUACUGGGUCCCUCUGUCCUUGAGACCCCGAAAGCAGAUCCAAAAGAUGGUCUGGUUUUACGUCCCCCAAACCACCAAGGCAUGCCCCUGCCCAUGCCACCACUCUGGGGGCCGCCUCCCGCUGCCUAGGGAUCAGGCUGUGAUGCCCUACUGGCCCCAGGUCCUGAGGUCUCACAAGAAGGUGGUGAAAAGGCAGCAGAGUUUUAAAGGCAUCCCAGUCCCCCUGGACGUGCGCUCUGGGUACAACUGCUGGAGAAUCUGUGAUGGUGAAGGGCGCCGUCUCCUCAAGUGGCAGCAGCUCCAGGCCCUUCACCAGGCUGCGCCGCUGUCCCCAGGGCAGCCAGCAAGCCUCCCGGCCUCCCUCCUGCCCCUCAGCCUCAGCCUCCUGAUCGUCCUCCAGGCCCUAAUGAGUGUCAUCGUGGCCCUCCGGCACAAGGCCCAUCUUUCCCUAGAGGUUGGCAGUGAGCUUCCCAUCUUUCCUCCCACUGGGGCAGGAGGCUCUUCAGGUUAAUAAAACUUGGUUUUCGAGCGUUUCACUGCCCCAGGAGGGCAGUGGGCCCCAUGUCCAAUUCAUCAAGUGCCUAAUGAGUGGCCUCGGAGGUCCUGGCCCACCCAUUCCAGAAGCUCUCUCUGCCUCGUAAAGGCAGAAGAAUUUCAACAGUUACACUGCACACUUGCUGGAGGAUCGCAGGCUCAAAGCAGAAAGCUAGUGAUUUUGCCAGCUUCCUGGAUGUGCAUUCUGGUUCUGCACAAAGAGCCACAUUCCUUCUGGAAUCGGGACCAGGACACAGAGAGACAGCAGCAGUCACUGGAAACUGUCGUGAGGAUUUGAGAUUGUGAAUGAGAAGGCUGGGCCCCUAGCGUAUGCGAGAUGGACGAUUGGGUCGUGGCCAUCUGUGGGCCACUUCCCGGAGCCCAGGAACAAACGGGCCGAGGGGCCUCCUGGCAUCACAUCUCAGCCACCUACGAGAGGGGUGACCCCGGAUGUUAGCAGACGUCACUCAGGCAGAAGCUUGGAGGAGCUCUUACCCAUGUCCACUAGUCCUCGUGUGCCUCUGCUGUCUGUGUGAGCAGGGCCUGAGCUGCUCGGCUGAGGAAGGAUGGGAGACGCCCAUUCAUCCCAGCAGAACUACAGACAUGCCCACGGGAUGGUGAUUUUCCUCAGCCAGCGGGUUCCUGUGUGACUUGAGUGCAGCAGAACCACCGGAGAGGACUUGGACAGACCUUCUCCGUUCUGCUGUUCCCGGAAGGACAAUGGAAGCGGUUACCAACAGCCGUAUUCUUGGGGGCGCUUUCGCCGCCCCUCACAUCAUCCGGACAGCUGUCUAUUUACACGGUUGGCCCAGUGGGAAGACUGACCUUAUUUCGAUUCUCCUACUGAGAGUGACGACUCAGCCUCAAGCGUCAGGGCUGCCGUGAUCGCAUGAGACACGGAGUUCAGCCUCUGCAGUGACCCCUGGAAGAGGAAGCAACUGGACGUUUCCUCUGCACAUUGUCUUGUGCAAAGAUACAAGGGAGAAGUUUCCUUGGUGCUGCUACGCUGCCAUCAUUUGCUGCCCGCAUUCAUGUCGGAAGCAACAUCUAUGAUUCAGCGAGAGGGAGGCUUAAGCCUGACAGACUCCACCUCCUGCUACACUGCACCCCUGGACAGUGGCGCCCCGAGGGAAGGGUCCAUUUCUCUCCAUCUCUGCGCCUACACAGCCCUGCACGCGCGUGGGCCCGGAUGACUCCUGGAGGAAGCUACCUCUUUGAGAUCCUCUCUACCCAAGUCUUCCCUGGGGCUGAUCCCGUCGAGCUGGAUGUGACCGAAGUCUUGUUCUAUCAGAUGUUGAAGGUUUAACGUCAGUGAAGGCUGUGGUAGAAAACAUCUCACAGGAAACAGCUGCUAUCUGCUUCAUCAUUCAGUCUGGUGCAUAUGGAAAAAGCCUGGCCACACACAGAUAUGGAUUGGAAAUUAAGAGGAGGACAGAAUUCAGAUGGCGUGAAAAUUCACCUGGUUUUGCCACGUUCCCGUUCACCUGCCUCCUUGCACACCUGGGUUCAGGAGCCUCAUCCUUCCACUAGAGGGCGUGGCGUCACAGAUGCCAACUGUGCCACCUGGGCUGUCCCAGUGUUCUGACCUCAGCCCUUGAGAAGCAGGUCCUGUCCAGCGUUCCCUCACCAACGGACACCAGGGCCGUGCAACACAACCACCCGCUGCAGGCCGUCAGCAAACGGGCUGAAUGAAGGGCGGUCAUUAUCACAGCGAGAGGCCAACUGCCGGGCGUCCCACCCAUCCCUGAGACCCGACUCCGCAACGGAAACCCUGCCGGGCAACACAGAAUGAGCCCAGGCGGUGCUGCGGACGAAGGCUGUCCCCUUAGUGGUGAACACGAGGUGCAAAGCCCCUGCCAACCGUGUGUGGACUUGCAGCGUGGGCAAGAAGCAGAACAUUCUGGUAGUGGAGUAACCCAAAAGGCAACGUCCCCAUCAAGCCAAGGACGUUCGUGGCUGUCUCUGCAAGGCCCUCGCUCACUGCUGGCACGCGCGGUUGAACUGCAGGCGGCCCCGAGCCCACCGCCCGGUGAGGAGACUCAGCGGGUUUAAAACUGACCCUGACCUUCACCAUGGAAGGGCCACCCACUCGUCCUACUCCAGACGACACUGGGAUCAGACGGGCGAUGGGCCCCACCCGAGGCCCCGGCCACGCAUCCCGGGCUGUGUCCCUAAAUUGCCGCCUGGAGCCUGCGACCCAUGCAGAUGCGCAGCCGCCAGCGUACCCCUGCUGAUCUGAAUCACCAAGGGCCAACGCCAGCCAGCCCACAAGCACCAGAGAACAGAAACUCAGCCAGGCAGACUCCAAGAUGGUUCCAAAAAAUUGAGGCAAACACGGACGGUCAAGAGGUCCUCGGUCCUUCCCUCGUUGGAAUACAAUGCACCGUGUUGAGUAUUUCGGCAGUGAGAUGGGGGCAUGGCACCCAGCUCCCUGAUUCACGGGCUCCUCGGAGUGUGAGAUGAGAUCAGAAAGUCAAAGCAUCUCAGCAAAGUGAAGGAUGCUCUGAAAGACAUGUGAUUAUCCUCUUCAAUUCCCACUCCGCUGCUAAUCAACCAUGUACACUUGACUUUCAGUAACACAGGAGAGAAUCAGAUUUGGUGGUCUUUAAGGUCUGACAUUUUAGAAUCUGCUUUUGCUGUCCCCACCCUGAGUCUUCUCUACGUGGUCUGAAGCUACUUAACUCACUGAACCUGUGGCACUCGGAUGGCACAGGUGGUGGGCUGCGUGCGACUCCCAACGCAGAUGAGAAUAGCCCCGCGGGGACCAGAUGCUGAGCAGUGCUUUACCACCAUGGUCUCGGUGUGAAAAUGGUCCUGUACAGAGAGUAGACCCAUGGCUAGGCCUGGCCAGUCAAAUUCCUGCAUGAAUUUUAUGUAUAUGUGCUGAGGAGAGAGCGGCUUCCACUUACCUCUUGGAUCUCCAGGACCCAGCGAAUAGCAGGAAAGAGAAAAAUAAAACAAGAUCACCGUGCAGCACAGUACAGAGGACACCAAGGAUGGCCCUUUCUACAAUGAGCCACUGUGCUGCUUGAGCUGAAAUGGCUCUUCUGAAGCCGAGGUGGGUCCACUCGGGAGGAAGGGAGAUUUUCUGCUCAGCGUGGACUCAAUGCCCACAUCCUGGGCUUCACGUCACUCUCACAUCAUUUGAGAUUUGAGGAUAUCUCUGCUUUCUCCUGUGCCCUCAUUCCUUCCGGGUCUUAGUACAUAAUGGAACAGGGUCCUGCCACUGCAGCAUUUGAUGUCUUGUAACUGUGGCACCGAAUAAGGAAAACAAAAAUAGAUGUGGACAGAACUGUAGAAGAAUGAAAUGGUAGAAAAUCCAGGAUUCAUCUCAAAGUCAAGGUUGAUACUGAGCUGACAAGGGCUGAGGCGUGAGUUCCCAGCACUUGCUAGCUGCCCGACAAUUACGGAGGCUCUGGACUGUGUCGUCACCCACCCUCCAGCCUCCACCUCCACCUCCAGAAGGACAAGAUGUCUCCAUAAGAGAGUCCUUCGAAGGCAGUUUCCUUUCUACAACCCAGCAUCAUGCCUCCCAGAACCUGUCUGGUGUCAAGGCACAGAAACACGACGAAAUGCUGGGGCUGCGGUUGUCUGCGUGUCUCCACUGACGUUUUGGGGUUGGCCUUCGUGGUCGUUUCGCUCGUGAACGUGCAGACGGCUGCAUCUCAUCACCUUAAGAUCCAGUACCGAACGAAUCGCUACAAUUCUAAGACGCCACCAAAGACGGGAUCCUACAGAUGGCCCAGCGUGAUGGGUAAUGGGCUCAACCGUGGUUUUCCCAUCUGCAAAAUGGAGCCACUAACACCUGCUUCGAUGGGACAGUACCAGGAACACAUACGCGGGCCUCUCACUGUUGUGGCCUCUCCCGUUGGGGAGCACAGGCUCCGGACGCGCAGGCUCAGCGGCCAUGGCUCACGGGCCCAGCCGCUCUGCGGCAUAUGGGAUCUUCCUGGACCGGGGCACGAACCCGCGUCGCCUGCAUCAGCAGGCAGACUCUCAACCACUGCGCCACCAGGGAAGCCUAUCAUGUGUAUUUUUGACUCGAUGGAACAACCCCUGCAUCAUGGAAGCAAGACCCCAGCCACCAUGAACAUGGGAAGUAUACCGAGUCGUGGCUCUCACAUGGGUGCAGCCCGGGCGGAUGGGCUCUGGCCUUCAGCUGUAACAAUAACAUCACAUGUGGCUAAUUCAUUAACCCACACACGCAUAGACGCUGACCACUCUUCACGAAAUGGUAGAGACCACGGGGUGGGCCUCUUUCCAGAGAGAUGCGGCUGUAUUGGAAAAUGGCAAGACACAUCCUGUUCCAAUUCUGGAAAACCUUAUGGGGCGUGUAAGACCCAGGAGGCCAUCAGCCUCCACAAGAGCCAGGUAACAUCCAUGAGCAGACAAAGCAAAAGGCCUUUUUGAAGCCCCUUGCAGAAGUUGGGAAGGUAAAGGUCUCAGAGGCUGAGACUUCGGGAUAACAAAAUAUCGAAUGACGGCCCUUCCACCACAUUUUAAGUUAAUCACAGUGAUCCUGGAUCUCAACAAUAGGAUCUCAUCAAAGUUCUUAACAUCAAGGACCCUGAAGCUCGGCCGCCAAAGUGUUCCCACCAGCCCAGGCAGAAAGCGGUCGUGGAUGCACGUGUGGGUCGGUAGCACACGCCUUCAGGAUGAAUUCUCAGUAAGUCGGCUCUGUGCCUACUAGUUACUAAAUUAUUCUGCCUGUCCAAAAUAUCCAACAUAUUAACCAACAGGCUCUCCUGAUGUAAAGUUUGUGUUCAUUUUUAUAUGUCCUGGAAACUGCUCUAAAAAAUGCAGAGACUGUCUCCACCUCCCUCCAAGAACUCAUGGCUUAUUGUGCUUUUCCCACAUCAGAUAAAAUUAAAGUAACUUGGAGGUUCAGGAAAUCAAGUUUCAGAACCACCAAAACAACCCAAAGAGAGAUACCAUAAGAGGUUAGAUGCAUUUCCCAAAAGUUUCAAGCUGUACCGGGCUGUGAAAAAUCUCAAUUUUCGUCACCAGAUCUUUGUCUCAGCCCCCUGCCUUCCCGCCCACCCCUCACACCAGACUUCCAGUCACCUCCAUAGGUGUUUAUUUAGCUGCAAGCUCUGGGCCUGCCUGGUUGGGGCUUAGAGGGAGGAGCCAGUUGCAGUCGGCUGGGAAGCCUCCCACCAAGCCUCCUGUUCCUUGGGGUCCAGAGAGCCGCCUCCACAGACACCAGUGGGCUCCCUUACUCUUGCUGGCACUAACCCAUCUCUCCCUCUACUCGCUUUCCGUGUGUUUGUUUCACCCAGCUCUUUUGAUUAAAAGUAGUCCUUCACUACACAAUUCUGGAAAAUGUAGCAACGGUCAAGCCUAGAUCUUGAAAAAAAAAACAUGGAAGUGGAAAAUCUUCUGCUGUCUUAGACAUCUUCGCUCCCCCUCACACACUUCCGGUGUCUCCAAAAAUCUUUCGACCCUUAAACAAAAAAGCAAAGAGAUAGGAGGCUGGCUAUUGCUGGUAACAUGCGUUGGAGAACAUGUGUAUUGAUUAACAAGCUAUCAUAAUGCAACAAAAUGCUAAAUGAUACAGAGUGCACUUUCGUAAUAGAAGUUGUUAAUACAGAUGUUUUCAGAGGGCAAUCCUUACAGUAAGAAGAAUCAAGCAUUUUAGCCAAAGAAUAUAGCAUGUUCCUUUUACUAUCUAGAAAGGAAAAGAGAAAAAUUCUCCCUGGACUUCAGGGACAAACCCAGCUGUGAACACCCAUCACCCCGACGAGCUCAAAGCCAAGGCCCAGGCCACAGUGACAACCGAGCUGGUGAUGGUCAGACCGUGGCUCUCAGAUAGGAAGGACCACACUGCGGCCAUGUAGCUGCCCUCGGGUUGUCUGCGCCCUCCCGUUCCCCAGACACGCAGGGCCUGUCUGGGUAGCCAGUGGGACCGACCUAAGGUCAAGGCAUUUUCCUGCUCCCACAGUAGGAGGUCUGAGAUGCCCAAGUCCCAGCGUGGGCAAUGUCUUUUAAAUCUCCGAAGCUGCUCCGGGCUCUGGGAAGGUCCGCCUUGCAGGAGGCAGGGGAGUGUGCCCAUCCCUGCGCAGAGGUUGCUACUACUUCCCAGGAGUCGGCAGAGGAAAUCAUUUUUUAAAAAACACGCGACUUCUUCCUCCAGCGGUGGGAGUCCUGGUUGCUCACAAGAAGCUCAGACCAGGGCAGGGAAAGAUCAGGCACUGUUUGCUUUACUGGAAAUGAAGCACCGUGUCGGGGAGCUGCAGAGGGAAAUAGGAGAGGAAGGGGAUCCCGAGCUGGUAAAAGCCGCCCUGGACGUGCGGGUCGAGCAUCAGGGAAGCGUUGAAAGGUGGCCGGAGGCCGGAGGAGGUGGCCAGAAGCGAGGCGCCCAGACAGCCGCCGGGCCCCUGCUUGGCGCCCCCCGGGAGCUCGCCCCCUCCAGCCGGAUUUUGCCCCUGCCGUCCCGCCAGGAUGCUGUCUAUGCUGAAGCUCUUGGACUUGUCCGAGCUCUUCGGAGAGCUGCGGGAGGCGGGGCGCGGAGGGGACCGCGAGCCAUCCACCGUGCGCGCGGGCUGGCUGGCGGCCACGGCCGCUGCGCCCUGGAGCGCGUCGCCUGCGUCCCCAGAGGGCGACGCGGGCCUGGGCCAGUGGAGGGACGCCGGAGGAGAGGAGCCUUCCCGGAGGGGCGAGGGGCGCGCAGGCGCUCCCUCGUGGAUGGGGGUCGCGGAGCGGGGGCGCGCUCCCCCUCUCCCCACCUCCGGCUGCGCUUCUGCGCCGCGCUCCUGCAGCUCGGCGCGGGCCCGCUUGGCCUCCGGGCCUCCGGGGCCCGGCUUGGGCUUCCUCUUCCGGCGCCGGUAGUUGCCAUUCUCGAACAUAUCCAGGCAGCGAGGGUCCAGCGUCCAGUAGCUGCCCUUGCCGGGCCGCCCUUUCUCGCGGGGCACCUUGACGAAGCAGUCGUUGAGCGAGAGGUUGUGGCGGAUGCUGUUCUGCCAGCCCUGUCGGUUAUCCUGGUAGAAAGGGAAGCGGUCCAUGAUGAACUGGUAGAUGCCGUUGAGUGUGACCCUCUGCUCAGGCGCAUCCUGGAUCGCCAUGGCUAUGAGCGCGAUGUAGCUGUAGGGCGGCUUCUGGGGGGGCUCCACCCGGCCCGACGCCGCCAGAGCGGCCGCGGGGGCGAAGGCCAGAGGCAGCCCGGGUCUCUCGGGGCCGUACAGAUAGAGCAUGGGAGAGGCGGCCAGAGCAGGCAGCCGGGGACUGAAGAGGUGGCUCAUGGCGAGUGGGAGCCCGCGCUGCGCUCCGGCGUCGCAGGCGACCCAGGCGGCUUAGGGACUGUGCCCCGCGCCGCAAGGGCCCUCCAGGGGAGCCUGCCCUGCGCCUGCCUCCCGCUCUGCCGCUCUCCCCGGCGGCUCGGGGCUCUGUCCCUUCUUCAUGGCUUUAAAAAUGUUAAAUAAUUGUUGUAAGUUUGCUAUUAUAUGUUGACUUAGCGCUGGAAAAUAAAUUGUCUAUGAUAAAC